CAUCAACCUUGUGAGAGCUUCUUCGUUGAAGAUGCCUAUCCACAACGAAGCAGCGCGCACGAAUACGCAAAGAUAGUUGGUCGUCGGAAACAAGAAGCCAUGGCGAAUGAAUUGUCAAGACAGGCGUCCGAAGCUUACCUCGAGGACAUCAUCGGACAUAUGAAGCAUAUGGAGAAUGAAACCCUUCCUGACGUCGCCUCUAUUGACAUUCAGCAAGAGAUUCAGUGGUUUAUGAGACCGUACCUGAUCGACUUCCUCAUCGAAGCUCACGCUGCUUUUCAACUUCUCCCCGAGACGCUCUUCCUCGCCGUUAAUCUCCUGGACCGAUACUGCUCAAAGCGUGUCGUCUAUAAGAGACACUACCAACUGGUUGGAUGUGCUGCACUUCUAAUCGCUGCCAAGUAUGGUGACCGAAAGGAGAGAGUGCCAAUGAUUCGGGAGUUGAAAUCAAUGUGCUGUUCUCUCUAUGAUGAGGAUAUGUUCACGCAAAUGGAAUGGCACGUGUUGAAUACGUUGGAGUGGAUGAUCGGACACCCCACCGUCGACAGCUUCCUACAGAUUGCCUUCAAUGAUCGCCCGGCAUACGAGGAUCUCGAGGUCGAACAUAUGUCGUGGUACCUUUGCGAAAUUGCCAUGUACCACAAGGACUUUGUCUCGAGAAAGCCUUCCGUCAUGGCUCGUGCCUCGUUGGCCUUGGCUCGAAAUAUCCUUGGCCGACCUGAUCCCUUUGAUGGCAAGGACUUUGAAGUUAGCGAUGUUAUCGUCAAGCUCUACAGCAAAGUCCGAACCCCAUCCCAGGUCCUCUUCCGAAAGUAUGCAACACCCCACAUGUCACAAGUGGCCGGCAUCCUCGAGCAUACCGUUCAACAACAAGAAGCCAUGAACAGAAGAGCCAGCCCACCAACGCCACCAUGCGAGAUCAUGCAAAAGCCAAUCAAUACCGUCGACAUGUACCCCAACACUCCACAAAAGCAGCCAUACGGCAACGUGGUCAAUGGCUACCCAACGCCACCCAUCACUCCCGAGGGCGAGUAUUUCGUCAACGAAAACGAGAAGUAUCACCAAGCACCUCGAUGUCCGAUCACACCCACGCCAUCUGGAAACAACCCAUUUGUCCAUCAACAA